GAAACUAUUUACCACUGCUCCUCAACCGUACGGUCGACAUGCCUCCCUUUGUCCUUGAUCAUCGAUAGCAUUUCUGAAGCAGCCUUGUGCUCUGCAUUCCCAGCAAGACAGCCAUGAACACCGCAAGGUCGACGCUCGUCCGACGAGCAGUUCCUUCGCGAGUACUACCCUCAUCUCUGCUCCGUCGACGAGCCGCCCCUUUCCUAGUCUCCGCUACAAGCUACCCUGCGAUCCCUCGAACCAUUCUCCCAGCUGCCACGUUCGUUCGCACGUACGCCAAUGGCCGAGCCCAUCCACCGGGCGGAACCCAUCGCAUGAAUAUGGGAGGCGAGCCUGAGAAACCUGCACUAGAAGAAUACGGCGUCGAUCUGACAGCCCGAGCCAAGGAAGGGAAACUCGACCCGGUCAUCGGAAGAGAUGGGGAGAUCCACCGAACGAUACAGAUCCUCUCACGUCGAACGAAAAACAAUCCUGUCUUGAUCGGUGCAGCCGGAACGGGCAAGACCGCCAUCCUCGAAGGUCUCGCGCAGAGGAUAGUAAGAGGAGAUGUGCCUGAGAGCAUUAAAAAUAAGAGAGUGAUCUCUCUGGAUCUCGGUCAAUUGAUCGCUGGUGCUAAGUUCAGAGGCGAUUUUGAGGAAAGGUUGAAGAAGGUUCUGAAAGAGGUACAAGACGCACAUGGUGGAGUCAUUCUUUUUGUCGAUGAACUGCAUACUCUGCUCGGUCUUGGAAAGGCCGAAGGGUCGAUUGAUGCGAGCAAUCUCCUCAAACCAGCUCUAUCUCGUGGCGAGUUACAAUGCUGCGGUGCCACCACCCUCAACGAGUACCGCCAGAUCGAGAAAGAUGUAGCGCUCGCGCGUCGAUUCCAACCGAUCUUGGUUGGUGAGCCUUCAGUCCAAGAUACCAUCUCUAUCUUGCGUGGUAUCAAAGACCGUUACGAAGUUCAUCACGGCGUUCGCAUUACAGACGGCGCUCUUGUGGCGGCCGCAACCUACAGCAAUCGGUACAUUACUGAUCGUUUUCUGCCCGACAAAGCUAUAGAUCUUGUGGACGAGGCAGCCUCCGCUCUCCGCUUGCAGCAAGAAUCUAAACCUGACGCAAUCCAAAAACUAGAUCGUGAGAUCAUGACCAUUCAAAUCGAACUGGAGUCUCUGCGCAAAGAAACAGACAUUGCCUCGAAGGAACGACGGCAAAAGUUAGAAGAGACACUCGCAGAGAAGAAGAAAGAAGUAGAUCGCCUAACCGAGAUCUGGGACCGCGAGAAAGCAGAAAUCGAAGCCAUCAAGCGGACCAAAGAAGACCUGGAAAAGGCACGACAGGAAUUGGAGCAAGCCAGGCGCGAAGGAAACUUCGCCCGCGCGGGUGAACUUCAAUAUGCGACCAUACCAAAACUCGAAUCUCAACUGCCUAGGGAGGGCGAAGAGGUCACCUCGACGACGAAGAAUGGAGAGACCCUCAUUCAUGACUCGGUGACUGCCGACGACAUUGCCAGCGUUGUCAGCCGAACAACAGGAAUCCCAGUCAACAAACUUAUGGCUGGAGAAGUUGAAAAAUUGGUGAAGAUGGAAGACAAAUUGCGAGAGCAUGUCCGUGGUCAAGACGAAGCCCUUACUGCGGUGGCCAACGCGGUCCGCAUGCAACGAGCAGGUCUCAAUGGUGAAAAUCGCCCACUCGGCAGCUUCAUGUUCCUUGGACCUACCGGUGUGGGAAAGACAGAGCUUUGCAAACAAAUUGCCAACUUCCUCUUCAGCACCGAAUCCGCCGUGGUACGGUUCGACAUGUCGGAAUUCCAGGAAAAGCACACCGUCUCGCGACUCAUUGGCGCCACCGCAGGCUAUAUUGGGUACGAGGAUGCAGGACAGCUAACUGAAGCGGUUCGACGCAAACCGUACGCAGUCCUCCUGUUCGAUGAGUUUGAGAAGGCCCACCGUGACAUUUCAAGCUUGCUGCUGCAAGUGCUCGACGAAGGAUUUCUCACAGACAGUCAAGGUCACAAAGUCGACUUCCGCAACACAUUGAUUGUCUUGACCAGCAAUCUCGGUGCCGAAAUCCUGAUGGGCAGCGGCGCAGAUGUGGAGACAGUGACACCCGAACAAAAGAAGGGAGUGAUGGAGGUUGUUCAAGCCUCCUACCCGCCCGAGUUCCUCAAUCGAAUUGACGAAUUCAUCAUCUUCAACAAGCUGUCCAAAUCUGCUCUCCGAGACAUUGUGGACAUUCGGAUCCGCGAGCUUCAAGGACGCCUUGAUGAUCGCAGGAUGAGCCUGGAUGUUUCGUCUGAAGUCAAGGACUGGCUAUGCGAGAAGGGCUAUGAUCCUCGAUACGGCGCCAGGCCGCUCAACCGUCUGAUUCAGCACGAGAUUGGACGAAGGCUGGCAGACAGGAUUAUCAGAGGCGAACUGAAGACGGGAGACACCGCGAAGGUUAUCUUGGGUAAGGACCGGGAGAACCUGGACUUGGAAAUUCAAGCAAAGGCCUGAAGUUUGAAGGCGCACAAUGGCUGGACUGACGGUACCAUUUUCCACUGCUUUCACACGCCCAUGUCAAGCUGAGCACAGCCGGCCAUCGCAUCUUUGGAGAGGUAAGACAGCAUUUAAAAGUUUCGGAGGUUAUUUCAGCACGAACUGUACGACAGGCACGAUGAGCUCUGACUCUAUGGGACGAACGGCGUAUUUGUGUUUUGUGGAUGAUACCCCACUCUAUGCUACAAACUUGUAAAGUGAUGGGUGGCAUUGUAUAUGUGUAUAUCAAAAUGUACAGCAUUUUCUACUCAUCAAACA